AUGCCUCUCCGCAACUCCGUUGCUCUCGCUCUCACACUCCUCGGCGCCGUCGUCUCUGCCCGCGACGUCCCCGGUAACAUCCAGAGCUUCCUCGACAACAUCCGCGCUCAGAAGCAGUGCAAGAACGUCUUGGCUGGGGGCUUUCACAGCUCUAAUGGUGACUCUGGGGACUUUGAGUACUGCGGCGACCACUUGAAAGACUUCAACGUCAUCUACCUCCAGGGCCGCAACGGCCAGCUCGUCAACCUGGACAUUGACUGCGACGGCGUCCAGCGCGGCCCCGCCGACGACGGCCGCUGCGGCAGCUCCAGCGACACCCAGUCCCAGUCAUCCUUUAGGGACGAGCUCCAGGGUUACGGCGCCGGCCAAAAGGAUCUCAACGCACAUGUCCAUCCUUACGUCGUCUUCGGCAACAACGGCGAGAGGCCUGGCUGGCGCAAAUUUGACCCUACAAAGUACGGCGUCGAGCCGCUCAGUGUCAUGGCCGUUGUGUGUGAUAACAAGCUCGUAUACGGCAUUUGGGGCGAUACCAAUGGCGACGACGCCGAGGAGGCCAUGGUUGGCGAAGCCUCCAUCUCCCUCGCCACCGCUUGCUUCGGCAAGGGGGUCAACGGCAACGCAGGACACGACGAAAACGACGUCCUCUACAUUGCCUUCCCCGGGAAGGAUGCCGUCCCGGGAGCCAAGGGCGCCAAGUGGAACGCCAAGAGCUACCAGGAGUUCGACGGCAGCAUAUCUCGCCUCGGCGACCAGCUCAUUCAGCGUAUCGACAGCAAAGCCGGUAGUAGAGGCGGCGGAAGAGAGGGGAGGGGAGGAAGAGAUAGUGAUGGAGGUGGUGAUGGUGACAGCGACAGCACCACCAAUCCUGCCUUUCCUCCCAAUGGCAAUGGCAAUCCGUCGUCUCCUACCCCUGACAAGAACUCCUCUGCUUCUCCUCCUUCUCGCAACGACAAUCCUUCGUUUCUUCCUAUUGGCAAGGAAGACUCUGCCUCUCCUUCAGCCAGCAAUGGCUGCUCUCGGAAGGGCCGCUGCAAAGGGGCUUCCUGCAAGUCGUACAAAGACUGCUCCGACGAGCUCGUCUGCGAGAGCGGAAAGCGCACCGGAUAG